AUGUCCAGAAGAUUUCAAGGUUCUACUUCAGCAAGGUAUGUUAAGAAUCAAGGCCCAUCAAAUAUGGCGAACAGUUAUGCCAUGUCAGCACAACAGAUGCUUAAAUCAAAUAAGACUGAUGAGAUUGAUACAAUGAUGGGAUUCGAUAGAUAUACUGCUCCCCAAUUUAGUGGGAGAAUAGACAUGAAGAAACUAGAUCAAGUACCAGGACGUUUAGGUUGGUUGGUUAAUAUGCAUCCUACAAUGGUCAGUCAAGAUUCUUCAUCCUCAUCUUCUUCGACAUCUUCUGGGGGAUUCAAUAGUGUCUCUGGUGUUGAUUUCUAUUUCUUGGAUGAAGAAGGUGGUAGUUUCAAAUCAACAGUGGUCUAUGAUCCAUAUUUCUUUAUUGCAAUUUCAGACAGUACUAAGACUAACGAUGUAGAAGAAUUUUUGAAGAAAUAUCUCGAAUCAUGUCUGAAGAGUAUAGAGGUUAUUAGAAAAGAAGAUUUAGCAAUGGAUAAUCAUUUAUUAGGUUUACAAAAGACUUUAGUCAAAUUAUCAUUUAUAAAUUCAAACCAAUUAUUUGAAGCAAGAAAGUUACUACGACCAAUUUUGACAGAAAAUAAAACAACUAAUGAACAACGUAAUAUUUAUAAAAAUGCAUAUCAACAAAAUUCGUUAAAUAAUGAAAAGAUUUCAGCGGAUGACGCAAAAAGAUACAUUGAAGAUAUAAGAGAGUAUGAUGUUCCAUACCAUGUACGUGUAUCUAUUGAUAAAGAUAUUAGAGUAGGUAAAUGGUAUAAAGUUUGUUCAGAAGGAUUAAUAGAAUAUACAGAAAAAGUUGCAUUUGCUGAUCCCGUAGUGUUAGCAUUCGAUAUCGAAACUACAAAGGCACCAUUGAAAUUUCCAGUUGCAGAAGUAGAUCAAGUUAUGAUGAUAUCGUACAUGAUUGAUGGUGAAGGUUACCUAAUAACAAAUAGAGAAGUCAUUUCCGAAGAUAUAGAAGAUUUUGAAUAUACCCCUAAACCUGAAUAUAAAGGUCUGUUCACUAUUUUUAAUGAAUCGGAUGAACUAGCAUUAUUAGAACGAUUUUUUGAACACAUUAGAGAGGUAAGGCCGACAGUUAUCUCUACUUUUAACGGUGAUUUCUUCGAUUGGCCUUUUGUAGAGACAAGAGCAAAAAUCAAUGGGUUGAACAUGUAUGAUGAAAUUGGAUUUGCACCAGAUGCAGAAGGUGAAUAUAAAUCGUCAUACUGUUGCCAUUUGGAUUGUUUCCGUUGGGUGAAGCGUGAUUCCUAUCUUCCACAAGGUUCGCAAGGUUUGAAGGCUGUCACACAGGCUAAAUUGGGUUAUAAUCCGAUUGAAUUAGAUCCAGAAUUAAUGACUCCUUAUGCAUAUGAGAAGCCCCAGGAGCUAUCGGAAUACUCUGUUUCCGAUGCUGUUGCCACAUACUAUCUUUAUAUGAAAUAUGUGCAUCCUUUCAUCUUUUCGCUUUGUACUAUUAUUCCAUUAAAUCCCGAUGAAGUUCUAAGAAAAGGUACGGGUACAUUAUGUGAGAUGCUUCUUAUGGUCCAGGCUUAUAAAGGGAAUAUCAUACUACCAAAUAAACAUACAGAUCCAUUAGAAAGAUUCUAUGAUGGACAUCUAUUAGAGACUGAGACAUAUGUUGGUGGUCAUGUAGAAUCCCUAGAGGCAGGAGUUUUCAGAAGUGAUAUUAAGAGUUCUUUCAAGAUCGACCCAACAGCAAUCGAUGAAUUGCUCGAGGAUUUACCUAAUGCUCUGAAAUUUUCCAUCGAAACUGAGAGUCAUGCCAAACUAGAAGAUGUUACGAAUUUCAAUGAAAUUAAAGAUCAAAUCACCGAAGAAUUACUGAAAUUAAAAGAAGAACCAAAAAGAGAUGAAUUUCCAUUAAUUUAUCACGUUGAUGUCGCAUCUAUGUAUCCAAAUAUCAUGGCAACUAAUAGAUUGCAACCGGAUAGUAUAAAGACAGAAAGAGAUUGUGCUAGUUGUGACUUUAAUAGACCAGGUAAGACGUGUGCCCGGAAACUAAAAUGGGCGUGGAGAGGUGAAUAUUAUCCAGCGAAGAUGGAUGAAUACAAUAUGAUAAAGAGAGCUUUACAAAAUGAAACAUUCCCUAACAAAAAUAAAUAUUCCAAGAAACCAUACCUGACAUUCGAUGAAUUAAGUUAUACAGAUCAAGUUCAGCAUAUUAAGAAACGUCUAACAGAAUACUCCAAGAAGGUGUAUCACAGAACUAAAAUUUCCGAAAUUGUUGAAAGAGAAGCUAUUGUCUGUCAACGUGAAAACCCAUUUUAUGUUAAUACAGUUCGUUCUUUCCGUGAUAGAAGAUAUGAAUUUAAAGGUUUAGCAAAGACAUGGAAGGGGAAGGUAUCUUCAAUUGAUCCAUCUGAUCAUCAUGCAAAAGACGAAGCUAAGAAAAUGGCGGUUCUAUAUGACUCUUUGCAAUUGGCUCACAAAGUUAUUUUAAAUUCUUUCUAUGGUUAUGUGAUGAGAAAGGGGUCUCGUUGGUAUUCCAUGGAAAUGGCUGGUAUUACAUGUCUUACAGGUGCUACUAUUAUUCAGAUGGCAAGAGCAAUGGUUGAAAGAUUAGGGAGACCGUUGGAACUAGAUACAGAUGGUAUUUGGUGUAUCUUACCAAAGUCCUUCCCAGAAAAUUUUUUCUUUAAACUUGAAAAUGGUAAGAAAUUAUAUAUGUCUUAUCCAUGUUCAAUGCUUAAUUACAAAGUUCACCAACAGUUUACUAAUCAUCAGUACCAAGAGUUAGUAGAUCCAACAACUCAUAAAUAUAAAACUCAUAGUGAGAAUUCUAUUUUUUUCGAAGUUGAUGGUCCUUAUAAGGCCAUGAUAUUACCGACUUCAAAAGAGGAAGGUAAAGGUAUUAAAAAAAGAUAUGCUGUUUUUAAUAACGAUGGAUCUUUAGCAGAACUGAAGGGGUUUGAAUUGAAGAGACGUGGUGAAUUACAACUUAUUAAGAAUUUCCAAAGUGAUAUUUUCAAUGUUUUCUUAGAGGGUGAUUCUCUGGAAACAUGUUACAAAGCUGUAGCAGACGUCGCAAAUAGAUGGCUAGAUGUAUUAGAUACUAAAGGUUCCAUGAUUGAGGAUGAGGAUCUUAUCGGAUUAAUUUGUGAAAAUAGAAGUAUGUCAAAAACUCUAAAAGAAUAUGAAGGACAAAAAUCGACAUCCAUUACUACUGCUAAAAGAUUGGGUCAAUUUUUAGGUGAAGAUAUGGUUAAAGAUAAAGGUUUACAAUGUAAAUAUAUUAUCAGUAACAAACCCCACGGUGCUCCAGUUACCGAACGUGCCAUUCCAGUUGCUAUAUUUUCUUCUGAUUUGCCUAUUAAAAGAUCCUUCCUAAGGCGUUGGACUGCAGAUCCUACGUUAGAAAAUUUUGAUAUUAGAAGUAUUAUUGACUGGGAUUAUUAUAGAGAAAGACUUGGUUCUACUAUCCAAAAAAUUAUCACAAUGCCAGCUGCUUUACAAGAUAUUAAAAAUCCUGUUCCAAGAGUCGAACAUCCGGAAUGGCUAAGAAAGAAGAUAUUAAUGAAAGAAGAUAAGUUUCAGCAAACAUCUAUAAACAGAUUCUUUUCCAAGACUGAUAAUAAACCAGGGAUGAGAAAGGUUCAGGAUAUUGAAGAUUUAUUUAGACCUGAUGAACAAACUGAGGAUGCUAUGGGAAAAAAUGCAAAAUUUGCAAAAUCGAAGGCAGUGAAACGUGGUGGUAAACGUAAAAGAGGUGACAAAAAUAAUACUGAGGAAACUUUGAUUCUUCCUAAGGAAAUUCCAUCCAUGGAAGAUGACUAUGCUGCUUGGUUAGAAUAUUCCAAGAUUAAAUGGAAACUGCAAGAUAGAGAUAGAAAGCGGAGAACUCAGUUAUUUGGUACAGCGAGUAGACCAGCGGAGAGAUCAUUAUUAGGAAAUGUUAUGAGAAAGCAAGCUGAAACAUAUGCUAAUUCUACUUGGGAAGUUAUCCAAUAUAGACCCACAAAUGAGCCUGGUGUCUUAGAUGUAUUUGUGUCAAUCAAUGGUAAGAUACAAAUUUUGAAAUUCAAUAUCACUAAGACCAUAUAUGUCAAGUUCAAGACGGAUACUAUGCCAUUAUCUAAAAUUAAGCACUGCCAAAGUGAGAAGGUUAAUGGUACAUUACCAAAUAUACCUGGGUUAUCUAAUUCAAACACCAACAAUUUGUUUAAAUUAACCCUACCAGAGUCCGUUUAUUUGGAUGAAAUUGAAGAUAGAACUAGUAUUCUUAAUGACGAAAAUGUGUUAGGGAUAUUUGAAAGUACAAUACCUUCAAUGCAGCGAGCAAUUAUGGAAUUAGGAUCGGCAGUUUCAUUUAGUUCCAAUGCAAUGGGUUCACUUGGUCGUGGGUUACAAACUGGUUUCGAUAUUAAAAGUUUAACUAUGUCAAACAAUAAUAAAUAUUUGUUAAAAUACCAAGGUGAUAUAUCCUAUGUUCUACACUUUACUACAAAUAUUGGCUAUGAAGUUUUUGUAGUAUUCCGAUCCUGGAAUCCAACCAUUAAUGUGUUGGUUUUAAAACCCUCCUCUCAUGCACAGGAUAUCAGUGAAUCAGUCAUUAGCACUACAUUCAAGAAAUCUUUUCAAAAAAGAAUGGAAAACGCAAAAGCAUUUUCAAGAUAUGGUAAUAUUGAUAAGGAUUCUGUUUUUAGUACAGAGCAUUUCUCUGAUUAUCCAAAGUUGAUGAGAAAAUUAAGUUCGGAAUUGGCCAAGAUUAGGGAAGAAAAGGGACAACAAUUUCUAAUACUAUUACAAUCACCUUACGUCAGUAAAAUUGUUAAUUCUACAAAAUACUUUAAGAAUCUUCCAAUAAUUGAGUGGUCUUCCAAUGAAACAACACUUCCCCAACUAAAUUGGCAAAAUAUAUUUAUCACUAAAAUAAUGAAACAGUUAUUAUUUAGUGGGUCAUGGUUAGACGAUAUGAUUACAGUUUCCCAAUACAGUAAUAUUCCUCUAGGUAAUUUACAAUUGGAGAAUAUGAGCUACGUUAUUGACGUUAUGUAUGCAAGAAGAUUGAAAAAUGAAAAUAUCGUCCUAUGGUGGAAUGAAAAUGGUCCAUUGCCUGACCAUGCCGGUAUUCAAAAGGAUUAUGAUCCAACGACUUCAUGGAUAAUGAAUGGACUUUCUUUCCCUGAAAUCAAUAUUCCAAAUGUAUAUGAUAAAGCUGUUUUAGAAGUUAAUGUCAAUAAUUUAAUUGUAAACACCAUUCUAGGUUCGGCCUUAAUUAAUGAAGCAGAAGGGAGCGAUCUUGCAGGUGGCGGCACUAUGAGCUCAAUAGACCUUGGUUUCGAUAACUCUGAGGGUGCCUUUAUCCAAGACUCGUUUAAUGAGAAUGCUUUGAACGUCCUGAAAGGGAUGCUGAAGGACUGGUGGGAUCUUGCAUUAACUGGGAAUCAAACAGCCGAUUUGCUGGUGAAUAUGUUUAUCAACUGGAUUCAAAGCCCAAGUUCGAAAUUAUUUGAUGGAUACCUAAGAUACCAUAUUCAUAAUUUGACAAAAAAGUCAAUGUUUCAACUAAUUAAUGAAUUUAAUGGACUUGGAUCAAAGGUUUUCUAUGCAGAUGUCAACAAGCUAAUGGUACAGGUUAACAAGUAUACACCAGAAACAUGUUAUGCCUAUAGUCAGUAUAUCUUAAAAGCCAUUAAAACUAAUCCGAUGUUUAAAUAUGUCGAUUUGAAGAUCGAAAGAUAUUGGAAUAUUUUAAUUUGGAUGGACAAAUGGAACUUUAGCGGUAUUGCAUGCGACGAAAUUAUUGAUUCUGAUAAUCAAAAUUAUGAAGCAUAUUCGCAAUGGCAAAUGAAGAUAACAUUACCUAUUAUAUUCCAAUCAGAGUUUGAUGACUGGAUGGUGAUUAUUUUGGAUAGUAUGCUGAAGUCCAAAAGUCAGUACUUAGAAAAGACCAUAGGUACCCAACGAGUAACGCAAUUGCAAUUACCAUCGACUAAUACUCUCAACGAGGAACCUGAAUCGAUCAUAGCGAAUUUCACCCAAAUAUUCUCUAAUUCAUUGAUUAAAAGAAUUAAAAAAUUAUUUCGUAACCAACAAGAAUUUAUCUUGGAUCCGCAAUAUGAAGAAGAUUACAAAUUCCCAGAUCAUCCGGGUGCUCACUUAGAUUUGAAGAACCCUCUUCUAGAGCUGGUUAAAUAUAUAUGCCAUGCUAUGAUGUUAUCAAGUGAUACAAUUAUUGAGGUUCGUCGACUAAGAAAGGAUUUGUUGCACAUUUUUGAGAUUAAAGAAUUUGCCAAAGAAGCAAAUUUCAAUAAUCCUAGUACAAGCUUAACAAUCGAAGGACAUUUAUGCGAACAUUGUUCUUACAUUACCAACAUUGAUUUUUGUAAGGAUGACCCUACGACUAUCUUCGCCUGUACCAACUGUCUGAACAAGUUUGAUAAGUUACUAUUACAGGAAGAUUUAAUACAGAAAUUAUGUUCCUCGAUCGAAUUGUUUUACAAUCAAGAUUUGAGGUGUGCAAAAUGUCAUAAGAUAAAGGAAGAUUAUAUGAGUGCACAUUGUAAUUGUUCAGGUAAAUGGGAGACCACUAUUUCCGGUAGUGAAGUAUCGAAGAAUAUACAAAUUUUUAGACAGGUGUCUACAUUUUAUGAGUUCACAUUGUUGCAAGGAGCAAUUGGCCAAUUUUGUACUUCAUAA